UUCGCCUCUCUCUCAUUUGUUCUUCACAGGUGGUGAUGACCUUGUUUUCUUUUUCCUUGUUUUCUUCGACUGAAUCUUUACAAGUACAACUAGAGAUCCAACAUCGAGUAUAGAACUACGACGAGGGAUUGUUCCUGCCUUCUCUUUUAGUUGAUGCGUCGUCUUCGUUUUCUUGUACAGGGUGAUUAGAGGACCCAGAAGGAGUAGGAGGUGGUGAUCCAAAGGAGAUCAUGUCGCAGAGAAUAUUUCCCGAAGUAGGUGAAUAUCCACAGAUGGUUGAAGACGCAGCUUAUUUCCACCAUCAUCAGCAGCAGCAACAAUUGAACUCCUUCUCACUUGAUGAUGAGUUUGAUUUGUUCCAUCCACGUUUUCCUUCGAAGCCAUGCUCAAACUCAUCGCCGUCCUAUCCACUCUCUCUUAUGAGCCCCGGGAUGAUGCCGGGUUUCGCUGCGCGAUCCGUCGAAACUCCUCAAGAGUUCACCGAGAGGCCCCGGAAACAGCACAAGACCGAGAGCUGGAACUCUCGGUGUGCUGCAGAGCACGAAACGAUGACUCGCAAUGUGGUGAUAUCGCAAUCUCCAUCUCCGUCUCGGCCUCCUGAAUCACACUUGAUAUCAUUCGGGAAUCCUAAUUCGUCUCCAGCCGUAUCUAAUCCAUUCCAUGGUAUUUAUGAAAUCCAAGAUUGUGAGGGAUCAAAGAUGAAAACUGCCGGCAGGAUGAGCAAGAAACCGGUACACGCACAAGAAAACGUGCUAGCCGAGAGGAAGCGCCGCGAGAAGAUCAGCAAGCUUGUCAUUGCGCUCGCAGCCAUCAUUCCCAACCUUAAGAAGAUGGACAAGGCUUCCAUCCUUGAGGAUGCCAUCAGGUAUUUGAAAGAGCUUCAACAACGCGUCAAGGCACUCGAGGAGGAGGCGGCAGUGAAGACUGAGGAGUCGGUCAUCAUCGUGAAGAAGUCCCCACUCACCAGGUACGAUGACACGGCGUCUUCGUCCGAUGAGAACUCUUGCAGCCAAAUAGACCAGCAACUCUCACUUCCAGAAAUCAAGGCGCGAAUCUCCGGAAAUUGCAUCCUUGUCAAAAUCCAUUGCGCAAGGCGCAAGGGCUUUAUUUCGAAAAUGAUCGGCGAGAUAGAGAAACUGAAUUUAACUGUUGUGAACAGUUGUGUCCUACCUUUUGGGAGUUCCAUACUAGAUGUCACCAUCUUUGCUCAGAUGGACGUGGGAUUCAGCUUGAAAAUGGGGGAUUUCGUGAGGAAUCUGCGUCAAGCUCUUCUGGAUCUCAUGUGAUCUCCUGCAAUAUUCUCAUCUCAUCAGGAGUUGGCGAGCAACAACUUACCAAACCCUAAUAAUAACACCCGCUCACUUCAUUUCCUGUUUUCUCUUCUCUUUUGUUUUUUUUGGUUCAAAGAGUUUGAGAUCUCUGAGGAGAAAGAAAGGUUCCCGUGAAUCACUCUUUCUGAUCAGACAACAUCAAAUUCUUGUAAUGUAUAAUCUUAUCUCUCCACUUGUAAUUUAUUUGUUGUACAUCAUUGACUGAUUAAUGCGUAGUGUUGUACAUGUGUGUUGGAUUCUUACAUAAUUAUGCAGCAAGUUGCUUUCGCUUUCUGUCAACGUCUGAAUACAAAUACGAGAUCAGCAUUUCCUCUGUUGCUAA